UGCUAUGGUAUGAUUUUGUUGCUGCAAUCAUAAGCCAGUCUGCACUCAAUUUGUUUAGUUUUUCAGUUUGGCAAAGGACAUUUAUCAAGAAAUUACAGCCAGAAUACAACGGGGAAAUAUAAUAUUUGUUUUUGGAAAUAAAAGGAGUAGCGCGGGAUAGAGACAAGCUAAAGGUUCUUCAUACAACAGAGCUAGUUACAUAACCUGGCAAACUCAGCGAGCAAGAAAAGGCAUACCUUUACUGGCAGGCCGUCAACAGCAAAACUUAAAUUAUAGUAAACAUCACCACUGUUUGAACUGGUGGGUGUUUGACCUCUCAAAUCAGUACCAAAUACGACACCCAAAUCACACCACCAACAAAUCUCAUACAUAUUUCAAAUGGCAAUCAACAUUAGAUCAAUAAUGAGGCAGAGGAAAUGCCUUGCUUUUUCGCUCUGCAUCAUAUCUUGUUUUGUACUCAUGAUUAAGUACAAAAUGCCUCGAAGCAAUGUAACACAACAUAAUCUUAACUUUGGACGCUCACAAAUGAAAAAUAUACCACAACUGAAAGAUAUCAGGCGGAGACAUUUCUGUCAUGAUGUGAAUGCAAACUGGCCUAAAGGUUUUCCAAAAAUUGUCGAAAAACAAAACUAUAUGGAGCAAAAGAUACCACAACCUUUCUUUGAGUUCUCCAAAUACAACAACACCUAUUUAGACUCUAUAGGUGAGAUAAUCUGUCCAACUAGAGAUGAGUACAAUUCAGCAGACAUCAUAAGUAUGAUAGCAUCAUCUUGGUCAGCUUAUGAAUCACGUAUGGCGAUGAGAAAAACUUUAGGAAUAUUCCAGAAUGUAUAUGGAUAUUCACAUCUACUUGUCUUCUUGAUUGGACGGACAGAAACAGCCUCGAUACAGAGCCGUAUUCAAAGAGAGGCUGAUCUCUAUGGAGAUAUCUUGCAAAUUGAUACUGAUGAUUCAUAUCGUGGUAUGACAAAGAAAAGAUUUCAAGGUCUAAAAUGGGUUUUAGAAAUGUGUCAAAAAGCAUCUCUAGUUCUAUGUUUAACAGAUGAUGUUGUUGUUCAUAUGCCAAAUUUGAUAAAAACUCUACAACCGAUACGGGAAGUGAAGAAGUUGGCAUUUGGGGGAAUUAAUACAAAUAUUGGAAAAGUAGUGACAAAGGGGAAAAACGGAAUUUUCUCAGAACCUUCAUUGAACUGGACUGCUUAUCCCUACAUACCAGACUAUUUGCUCGGAUUUGCAAUUGUUGUUAGUGUCGAUGUUGCCACUGAUUUAUACAAACUUGUAUGCAAAACUCCCAUGACAUUCUCUGAUGAUUCUUAUAUUGGCAUUCUACUGGCAAUGCUUGACAUCCCAAUGCGUGAAUCAGGUUGGCGGGAAAGGGACAACGAGGACAGGCAGUUGGGGAAGUCAUACAACAAGACCAAAUUGAAGGAAUUGAUACACACUUACAAUCCAAUCUUUACUCAUCUGUAUUCAGACAAUGCAACUGCUUAUAUGAUGGAAGAAAUUUGGAAGGAUCUCAAUCUGAACAAGCCUAGUCUUUAAGACUUGCUUCACUGACGAAAGUGAUUCUGAAGCUUAUAUGAGUGUAUGAAGGUUAGAAGUACAUAGCCCUAUUGUGGUUAAAUCAUUAUUUUGCUUUUGGUAUUAUUUAUUUCAAACUUAGUUACAUUUUAAAUGUUGUAUCCGAUUGGUUAUUGUUGUAACAAUUGAUUUAUAUUUAUACAGGGUGUCCCAAAAAAUUGUGCCAUGACAAACAUGAAGUAACUCUGUGAGUGAUUAAGGUGUAUUAAUUAAGGAUAAUUAAACAAACAUACAGAUCAGAUCAUUUGUUAACUCUAUUUAGUGUUCGAGAAGAGCUUGAUUUAGUACCAUCCCCCAUUUUGCCAUAUUUGGUGUUCAAAAAGUUAAAUAAUUUUUUUGAGUGAAGAAAUAUUCUGAAAAUUUGGUCAUUUGACUGACAAUUCAACUAUCAUAACCAUUAAAGUUUCACCGAGUAAGUCAUUUUGGUUUGAAACAAAAGCUUCUUUAAAAUCUUUCAGCACCAUCACCCAAUUUCGAUAAAGGAAAAGAGCUAUUCUCGUUUCAUUUGGGUACAUAAUUUUGGAACACCUGGUAUACUGAAUGUUAAUUUUAUUAUGGGAAUAAAACUUGGAUAGUUUUAAAUAUAUGUAUUAAUGUUUCAACACAUGACAUAAUAAUGUCAAGGAUCAUAUG